GUUUACAUUAAAUUGAUGUCGGAUUGUUGGGACCAUGAUCCCAGGAAUCGACCAAAAGCUUCUGAAUUAAGUAGAAUGCUGGGUGAUUGGGUCGUAGCCAUAUGCGACGAUCCAAAUCCGACAUUGCUUUCCGAACAAUUUGAUGCAGCUGAGGAAAAAAUUUUUGAGAUAUAUGUAGAAAGUAACUCAUUCACUCGCCCGGAAAUUCAUCCGCAAGCAAUAUACACCAGUCGACCGUUGAACUUUAAUAAAUCAUUGUUCGAAGC